AUGAGGCCAAUCAUAGAAUCUCCAGAUGGCAUUUUUGAAUUGGGUUUCUUCACGCCAGGUACUUCUCAGAACAUGUAUCUUGGCAUAUGGUACAAGAAUUUUUCUCAUACCAUAGUUUGGGUAGCAAACAGAGACAAACCAUUGUUUAAAUCAUCUGCCUCAAAACUCGAAAUCUCUGAAGAUGGUAAUCUAGUCUUGUUCAAUGACUCGGGAACGUUUUGGUCAACAAAUUUGAUUUCACCAACACCAGUGUCUGUUGAAGCUGUGCUUCUUGAUAGUGGGAAUUUUGUAUUAAGAGAUGGUGCAAGGCCAUCCACCAUAUUCUGGCAAAGUUUUGACCACCCAACAGAUACAUGGCUGCCAGGUGCAAAGCUCCGAAUUCAUAAACUUACUGGCAGAAACCUACUCACUUCAUGGAAAAACAAGGAAGAUCCAUCCACUGGUCUGUUCUCUUUUGGGAUAGACCCAGAUGGAAUCAACCAAUUUGUUUUGGAGUGGAACAUGUCCAAAAGGUACUGGAGUAGUGGAGCCUGGACCGGACAAACAUUAAGCCUAGUUCCUGAGUUUAGCUAUACCUUUAAUUUCAGACUUUCUCCAAGUGAGAAUGAAACCUAUUUCACCUAUUCUCUUUUUACUAAUCAUAUAUUGUCAAGACUAGUAAUUGAUAUGUCAGGACAGCUCCAGCAGCUCACAUCUAUUAGAGGGUUUCCAGAAACAAAUUGGAAUACAUCUUUUNUUGUCAAGACUAGUAAUUGA